AGCCUUCUAAUCUUUUUCGGUGAGUCCCACGGGAGACGUGUGCACCCCUGCCUCUCGCUUUCUCUCUCUUUCUCUGCUCCUGCUAACGGUACCCUCCAAGGAGUUCAUCAUCUCCCUUUUCUUUUGUUUUACGCUCUCCGUAUUUAGCGAACAGCAGGAGAAAAAUAAAGCCAAAAAAAAAAACGUUAAGUCUUCUCUCUCGCUAAGCACGAUUUCGAGCUUGCCCUUUCGCCUCUCGGUUUUUUUUUCUAGUAAAAAGGAGUUUUGUGGUUUGGGCCGUCAGAGAAGCGAGGAGGAAGGAUUUCGACUCUUUUUGCGUUGUGCCUCUCUCGAACUGGUUUCGUUUUUCCUAUUCCGUUUUCCCUCUUCGUUUUCCCUUUUUCCUCUCCCGAUUCUUUCUCAUUUUUCCUCCUUAAGAAUUAUUGUCGCGCAUUGCACCAUACACAGUAUCUGCUUUCUACGCCGUCCUCAUUUCCAGUUCAAAGGAACAUACACGUCCCUUCACGUUUUGAGCACGGCGCUUUUGGGUGGCACUUUUACGAUUUGUUGUUCUUCACCUGUCUGCAUUCGCUUGCAUACAACGAGGCUACAUACAUAUAUUACAUGCAAAUCUAAGUAAGAACAGUGUUUGCGUUUUUGAUACCUCUUCGUCCUUCUCCCAUUCCUUCCCGUGGGCUUCCUGCAGCUGGUGUUUUUGGAUACCUCAAAAAGCCAGCAGUAGUGUUUAUAAUUGUUUUUAUUUCCUUUGUUGUCGUCGCGGAGACUUUUUCUUCGUUUUUCCGACCCUGGUCAUUCAUUUGUGGUACUCAUUACUUUUCUUCUUAUCUUUCUUUUUGACUCUCUCGCUCUCUCGCUUCACUUGCCGGUGUUGCAGCGCUUCGGUAUUGAACGCUUCAUCUUUCACUCUUCGUAGUCCGUCGUUUUUGUGUGUGGCUCUAACCUGCCGUGAUUGGUUUCUUUUUUUUUUCCUCCUAGGUAAUUGGUUGUACCACCUACACACGAGUCAAAAGCAUGUUCUCCUGUGUCCAUAUGAGCAAAGUCAAGCUUGCGCGGACGCGCAAGCCGAAGACGUUGACGGAGCAGCACAAGGCGGAGCUGCGUGCACGCCGCAAGGCGGAGACGGCGGCGGCCCACCCGUCGCAGCGCCCGUUCACUAGCUCGAUGGACAGCUUGCCAAGCGACGGAGAGGACAACGUUGCAGGCUGCUACGUGUACAAGAACAGGGAUCCGUCACACAGCUGCAGCGCGGUUGUGCACUCCACGCGUCCUCCGCCGCGUGCCAAGUCACUGGAGGAGUGCCGUCCACCACCCCUUGUUAUUACUGCCGGGGGGCGAUAG